AUGCGUAUGACGGGCAAGCGCAAGAUGACCAAAGGGGUCCUGUCGCCAACCAGAAUCUUGUCCGCCUCGGUAACGCCGCCAUCAGCUGACUCUCCUGCUCCCACGGCCAAGAAAAAUGUUUGCGAGCACUGCAAGUUCGUCGUGGCGCCGGGACUCGAACCCUUCAGGAGCUCUCAAAGAAUCGUCUGGCACUCGAUGUCGCACUUGCCUUGGAAUCGAUUCCAGUGCUCAGUAUGCAAGCAGUGUGCCGCCCAACGAGGAAGCGUCCUGCGCCAUCAGAAACGUCACCACGGCGGCGACGGCACGGUUAUUGACAUGUCCACCCCCGAGUACUUCGACGCGUUGGUGAAGACGGCGUGCCUCGGAUUCCCGCUCCAGACCGAGGAGAUCAAGAAAAAUGUGGCCAGCAUCCGGAACCAAACGCUGCAGCGUGAAUGGCUGGACGAAGAGCCCAUCGAAAAUCAGUGCAGGAAGUGCGGCAAGCGUAUCUUAGCGCAAGCCGGAUCGGCGCUUCUGCGCCACGUUACCACUCAUUUUGGAGGACGGCCCUGGAAAUGCUCUCUGUGCAAAUUUCGCGGCCGGGCCCCUCGGCAUAUCCUCCGGCACCAGGAAUCCAUGCAUGAAUCGAAGGGAACGGCAGAUUCCACCGCUCAGCCCACGCGAAGGUCGCAGCGGCUCGUGAAGGCUUCAGCCGCAAAGCGCGCCUAUGAUGAGACGCAUGAAGAUGAAGAGCUUGACGCUGACAAUCUGACCUAUGACGAAACGGCAUCUCACUAUGAUCAGGAUCAAUCUUUCAACGAUCAGUCACUAGACCCGGCCCCAACGCCAGACACAACAACCAGCCUUCGGAAAAGAAUCAAGCGUGAAGCAGCUGAAACCGACAAUCGGAGCUCAUCGUCGGGUCUUGAAAGCUUGUUGCAAACACAGAACCUCCAUCUACUCGAAGAAAAUGAGGCUCUCCGAAAACAGAUUGUGAAGCGUGACCAAGAGAUUGGCGAACUGCAGAUGAAGCUCGCAGAAGCGGAAAGGAAAGCGGAAGAGAGAUUGAAGACUCCCGAUGAACCGGAUAAAAAACGAGAGGCGCAGAAAGAGCUGCUCGGCCAGCUCAGCUACGAGAACCGGGAGAUGAAGCGCGAGAUCGAGGAGCUGAAGCGGCGCAAGAACGUCGAA